ACUGUGUACACAAGUGGCGAAAGGGCGUCUUGCAAAACACAUUCAAAUUUAUCGAUAGUUAAGAGUGAUUAUACGCGAGGAAAGUCAGGCGUUGUUCGAUCGACGGAGCUUUCCUUCUUGGAUUUUACUUUACGUUUAGCGCGCAGUAAGGAAGCAGCAGUGUACAAGAGGACAGCGAUGACUUUAGUAGGAGACUCUGGUCAACAAUAGUUUUAUCAUUGUAAACCAGUGUGAGCUAAGGUAUUGCAACCAACUUUAGGUGUACUCCCACAGUAAGCUCUAACUUAGGACCGUGUUUGAUGGUUUUAUCCAAGACAUUCUAUUAAGAAGCACAGAUUCUCAUUAUAUCAGUCGUCUAGCUACCACACUGGAACCCCACGGGAGUCAGCCCGGUCUGGGGCCCAUCAGCUUGGCCAUGACUCGACCUACCAGUUCCGGUGAAAUCCACGUCAAACGCCCAAUGAACGCCUUUAUGGUGUGGUCCCGAGCCCAGCGCCGGAAGAUUGCCGUUGAAAAUCCAAAAAUGCAUAACUCUGAAAUUAGCAAGCGACUGGGUUCCGAAUGGAAACACCUGACUGAUGCUGAGAAGCGACCCUUCAUUGAAGAAGCAAAGAGGCUACGAGCCCUACACAUGAAAGAACAUCCAGAUUACAAAUAUAAACCUCGCAGAAAACCCAAGAACUUAUUAAAAAAAGAUCGCUUCCCGUUUCCGAUGCCAUAUAUUCCAGCACCCAUGGAUUAUCUAGGAAUGGGUUUCUCAAGAGGUCUUUUUCCACCUCCACCCCUACCCGGACUGUUUCCUUUUCCUCCAGGAGCAAUGGAGACUCACACUGCUCUUCCUGUUUCUACUGCACUCCCCACUGUUGGUCGACUUUCCCCUCCAAAUGAAGAGACAGAUAGCAAGUCCGCUUCGAGUCCAGAUUUGACCUCUAGUCAUUCGUUCAAGCCUGUAACUCCCAGCAGUUCCAAGGGCUAUCCAGUAACCAGCAUUCCCUACCCCAGCUACGCCUCGAGUGCUCUCUAUCCCGGCCUGUCCGUGUCCAUGCCGGCAUACUUCCUGCCUUGUGGUUGCGGGUCUCCAGGUUACGGCUACCCAUCUAGCAACGGUCCUGGUGAGGCAAGUCGGCACACCUGCGGUGCCGUAGGAUCCCUAGUCUUGAAUCCAUUUUUGAAGACCGCGGACGGAGCGAGCUAUUCCGCUGCCGCAGGAGCGCCUUCCGGUCUUCGGGACUUCACCGUAGGUUCAGCUGGAACGUCCAGUUCCGGCCUACCAGCCACUCACCUUCUGGGGCUCUACUCCUCAUGUCUCGUGCGCUCUAAACCAUCGGAUGUUUAGGACGUGACUAAAAUGUAUAGUGAAAACUUCGGGACCAGUAGCUCGACAAAUGGUA